CAUGUGGAGUCGUGUUUCUGUCCACCUGGUGAAUUCUAUAUGAUGUCAAGCAGUCUGUUGGUGAAAACCCUGGAGGACCUGAGCCUAGAUCCGGGCUAUGUGGCCGGGGACCCCUGCCCGUCCCUCAGCCUGUCCUCCUCCGGCAGGUCGAGGCAGUCUCAGCCCCACACGAGCACCCCUCACCGGGGUCCCUGGUGGCAACACGCCGGCUCUCUGUACAGCAGGAACGGCAGCUGGGACACGGUGAGCUCGCUGCAGGAGGACGCGGCGGACAUCCUGGCCAAGUGUCCCUGCCUGCCCGAACUGGAGGAGUAUCCCUGGACCGAGCAGGAGCUGCGGGAGGUUGUGCGUAAAGUCGCCGGCUCGGAUGCGUCGUUCAGCGGGGAGGCAGUGCACCGGCUGUCAGUUCUGCUCCGGAGGGCUUUGGUGCGGAUCUCCAGAGAGGCGCAGCGGCUGAGUGAGCUCCACAGGCGGUGCACACGCCUGGAGGUCCAGAGCGCGGUGAGGCUGGUGCUGAGCUGGACUCUGGCCGAGAGGUGCAUCUCCUCCGCGGUGAAGGCUGUGUCCCUGCACUGCAUGAACUCCGGGGACACCGCGUGUCAGCGGGGCAAGUCCGCGCGCUGCGGGUUGACGCUCUCCGUGGGCCGCUUCUUCAGGUGGAUGGUGGAGACGCGCGUGUCGGUGAGGGUGCACGAGUACGCCGCCCUGUGCAUGGCAGCGUGCGUGGAGAGUUUGGCGGAGGAGGUGACAGGACGGGCACUGAAGGCGGCGAGGCUGACCGCAGAGGAGGAGGGGCAGCGGGGCGGCGGGGUCACCUGCGUCCCGGUGACGGUGGAGCUGCUGGACGGAGCCGUCAACAACGACGCGGAGCUGUGGGGGCUGCUGCAGGUCUACGAGCAUCUGAUGUGUGGAAAAAAUGCAAAUGGUGAGCUGUCGCUGCCGGCCCAUGUCAGCCCGUACACAAAGGUUCCUGAGGAUGCAGUGGAGAGCAGGGAGGACGCCUACAUCCAGCUGGAGCUGCGAACGCUGGAACAGUCACUGCUCGCCACCUGUGUGGGCAGCAUCGCAGAGCUCAGUGAUCUGGUGUCUCGAGCGAUGCAUCACAUGCAGCGUCUGCGCAGCUCGAGCCCCUUCGUCAGCCCCGCUCGUUCAGCCAAUCAGCUGUCGGUAUCCUGGGCCCCGGACGCCCUCCGCACGCUCUACUACUUCCUGUCCAGCCAGCAGAUGGAGUCGCUGGAAAAUCCCAAUCUGGAACCUCCGACCGUGACGCUGAGCAGAGAGAGGCCGUUCCUGCUCCUCCCUCCUCUCAUGGAAUGGAUCCGGGUCGCCGUGGUGCACGCUGAACAUCGCUGCAGCCUAUUGGUGGACAGCGAUGAUGUCAGACAGACGGCCAGGCAGCUCCUCCCAGGACUGGACUGUGAGCCCCGACAGCUGAAGUCUGAGUGCUGUUUCCAGUCCUUCAAGUGUCUGGAUGCAGAAGCUGCUUCAGCCAAGUUCCAGCUGGAUCUGGGCUUCAGGAUGCUCUCGUGCGGCCGAGCAGACCUGGUCCUUCAGGCCACACUGCUGCUGGGAGCCGACGGGGUCGACACCAUGGACGACCAGGGAAUGACUCCUCUGAUGUACGCCUCUGCAGCAGGAGAUGAAGCACUGGUGCAGAUGCUCAUAGAAGCCGGAGCUCACCUGGACCUGCAGGUCCCGGGCUGCUCGGCCAGACACCCGUCUGUUCACCCCGGCAGUCGGCGCUGGGCGGCUCUGACGUUCGCCGUGCUGCACAGUCACCUCUCUGUGACUCAGCUGCUGCUGGAGGCCGGAGCAGACGUGGAGGGUGGAGCCCUGCUGGACGGUCAGGAGAGCUCCGCUGAGACGCCGCUACAGCUCGCUGCUGCUGCAGGUUUCUACGAGAUGGUGAGUUUGCUGCUCACUUAUGGUGCAGACCCUCUGCUCAGAGUGCAUCAUGGGAAUUCUCUGACAUCACCGCUGUAUGAGGACAUGAACUGCUUCAGCUACGCUGCAGCACACGGACACAGGAAUGUUUUGAGGAGGCUGCUUCUGCAGCCUCAGCACAGGAAGGAAGACAUCCUCUCUCUGGAGGAGAUCCUGGCUGAAGGAGUAGAGGAGGAAGAGGAGAAGGAAGCCAGAAGUCACACCAGACUCGCUCCAGCUCCUGACUCCUCGAGCCCUGCUCCCAGGCUUUGUAAGGCCAGGAUGAAAGCCCUGCAGCAGGCGGCGUACUACAGCGCUGAGCACGGCUACCUGGAUGUAACCAUGGAGCUCAGAGAGAUGGGUGUUCCCUGGAGGCUCCACAUCUGGCUGCAGUGUCUCCACAGAGCGCAGCAGCUGUCCAGAGAUGAAGUCACCGUCUCCCUCCUCACAGAGUUCCCCUCCAUCAGGACGGAGGACUACAGCCCUGAACUCCUCUCCACAGGCGUACCGCUCAUGUUCAGCAUGUUAGAAACCAGCAAGGACUACGUGAUCACCAAGAGGCUGACGUCGGUGUUUUCUCACUGCUACGGCUGCUCUCCCGUUCCUCGCGUCCUUCCCAUGGACGUCACUCUGUCCACACAGCUGGAUAUUCAUUUCCUGAACAAUCAGGAGAUGUCCGACGUGACGUUCAUGGUGGACGGUCGUCCGUUCUUCGCUCACCGGGUGUUGCUGAUGUCGGCCUCUGAACGGUUUCGACAGAUGCUCAGCGAUUCCCCCGACAACAUCGUCCACAUCAGUCACAUGACCUACAGCACGUUCCAGAUGAUGAUGAAGUCUCUGUACUGCGGAGGGACGGAGGGACUGACUGUCUCACACUUUGAAGCCAUGAAGCUGCUGCCUGUAGCCAGUUUCUUCCAGCUCAGAGGUCUGCUGAGGUGCUGCGAGAUGAAGCUGUCGCAAAGUCUGACUCUUGAUAACGUCGUCAACAUCUACCAGACCGCCAAGCAUCACGGAGCAGCUGAACUCUGCAGGUUUUGUGAAGGAUUCUUCCUGCAGAACAUGGAUCGGCUCCUGGACAGAGAGGACUUCCACCGCCUGCUGCUGGGAGGGGUCGGUCAGGAGCUGCUCUGCCCGGGGACGGGCAACCGAUCUGGACCGGGACAGGACCGGAAGCAGCCGGUCCUCCUGAGGGAUCUGGAGGUCACACUGAUACACAGACUUUACACCCUAAACUCAGCGUGUCGAGAGUAGAAACGCUGCAGCGCUGGACUGUGUGUGUUAAAAACAGAUGUAUGUGUGUUUGGGAAUAGUAGCCAUAUACUGUGUUUCUACCUUAGUCUUCUUAGGGAGAACAUAUUAGUGUAGCGUAAAAGAGUAGACUAGACCUGCUCUAUGUGAAAAGUGCCCUGAGAUCACUUCUGUUGUGAUUUGGUGCUUUAUAAACAAAAUGGAACUGGAUUGAAUUAGAGUAGAAGAAGAACAGACUGUAAACAUCGACUGCUUGAACAAGUUUUUCUCUUAAUCUCGACACAAGUGAACAUUUCUGCAGCUGAGGAGAGAUGAUCCGAAUCAAUUAGAUGAAGAAAAUUUUACAAUUUUGAUAACUGAUUAAGUCAUUUAUCAAGUGAAAUUAACAAACAUUCUGGUUGCAAUUUUUCCACUUUGAGGAUUUUCUGUUUGCUGUCACUAAGAAUCAAAUACAUUUGUGUUUCUUUGACUGUUUAUCAGACAAGAGGAGCAACUUGAAGACAUCACAUUUGGCUCUAGUAAGCUGUGACAGGCAUAAUGACAAAAUUAUUAAUAAAUCUUUUUGAGGUUUCGCUUGUGUCAGGCUUUUAAAACCUCAGACGUUACCUCAGGCCACUUAAAAAAAAAAAAUAACAAACUUUACCAAAGCUGCAUCAGAGUCCUGUUAACUUGUCACAGCAGAGCAACAGCUGACAUAUCAGUUCUCACUUAAAGUACAUCAAAGUGUCGUCAAUAUUCUCCUUUUUCCAUUCAAUGUUGGAUUUCACCAAACAAUUUUAACUUGUAUAUUUAAAGAUUUAACUCUCCAAACUACACUGCCACCACAGAAUGAGGAAGAAUU